ACAAACCCUCCACUGCUCAGAAAGCAUAUUCGUAGAAAUGUCAGUAACCUUCACAUUUUCCAGCAAAAAAAACAAAAUAACACAAUUUUUCAACUGAAACUCGAUACGCUCGUGAGCGCUCGUAUUUUAUUUUGUGUGCACGGCACACGUGCAACAAUAACAGCAAAGGACAACUAAGCAUUUAUCAUAAAAUCGCGCAAACUUGGGAGCGGCUCUGCUUACAGCUUGCUACUUGCACGCCUUGGCCUAGUCGAGGCACCAAGCACGAACAGAAAGUCAAAAUUCACGCGAAGUGAAAUUUAUGGCAGAGCAUUCGCGUAAUUAUAGCUAAAGGGAGCGCAUGAGAGUUGUACAUGGAAAUCUUAGCCACGUACGAGUCAAACGAGCAAGGAAGUUCACGCGCGUGCCGAGAGCAACUUCGCGAAAUUGCGCUACGCGCUCGCCACUUGACAUUGCAGCACUCGCAAAAGGAAAGCGAUUGAGUUAGUUAAUUUGCGCUCAUCGCAACGCGCUGCGACGGAGUCCUUUCGAAGAUUCGAUGGCGCUGAGACUUUCAGUUUUGGGCGAACGUUUGUGCGGCACGAAGGCUAACGCGCGUGAUUCGUAUUUCCGUAUUCACAGCAGACAAAUUGAGCAAUGAAAAAGCAAGUCUGCAGAAAAUUAAAGCGAAAGUAAAUAAAGUUUAUAAUGUAAACGCCAAAAGACAUAUAUGCGCUCGCAGUGUCGCAAGUAAAGAAAAUUAAUGUUCUAAGUGUUGUUUCCACAUUAUUCCAACUUCAUUUGAUCGGGGCUUGUACGCUAGAAACCGCGUUAAUUUCAAUUCGCCUUUGACUAACAGAAAUCGCUUGGUGCGCUUACGUUAUGCCAUUGACGAGUGUGCGUGAGUGUGUGUGAUGCGCGUGUCUGUGUGCGUGUGUGCGCGUGCAAAUCACAAUUCCGAAUAGUGGGUGUCGCGAGCUGCGCCCUCAAAGCGAGCGAGGCGCGGAGCACAGGGCGGCGUGACAUUCGAUUUUAGUGUAAAUGUGCUUGCACGCACACACUGGCGCGCAGUCAGCGCAAUUCCAGCGAAAUGGAAUGAGGAGCAGUAGAAGUAGAAAAAAUAACGGAUUAGCGAGCAGAUAAUAAAGACGAACUAUUUGCUGAAUGAAUGGCCAUGUAUUUGUUGUAGCUUUAAAUUACAAUUUGCAGACGCGUGUGAAAAAUAGUAUUUUUUAUGAAAAUUAAUGAAAAUUUAUAUUCGAAUGCGUUGUAGAAAUUUCCGUAAAUUAGAAUAGAAAUAUGUAUUUCUUAAAGCAAGGAAUAAAAGCAGGGAAAGUGUGCGUACAUAUAUAAUGUGCAUAAAGCUGUGUUUAACUCACGGCGCUGCACCAAGUUUCUACGCUGAAACCCCAAAGACACGCGCCCUUUGCACCUCAGCCGCUUAUCUGUCAUUUGCGUUUCUUUCGUUUUCCUUUCGCGCAUUUUAUUCGCAAACACCCCCACCCACCGCCACCGCACGCAGCCACGCUGCCGCUAGUACUUGUAGUGCGCCUUACGUUUCGUGUCUGCAUAUUUCAUUGUGGGUGGCGUCCUCAUGUGGCCGCAAGCCUCAGAUAAAAGCGUAGUGUUGACUGCUUAAGAUCCGUUUCUAGCUCGCUGCUGGUUUGUUGUUUGUGUGCUCGGUGUACAUAAUAUAAUACGCGCACACACCCACACUUGGCACACCACACUCACACCACCACCACAUGGCUGGUCGGUGUGUAUUUACAGUGGGGGCAAGGUCUUCUCGCGCGAAGGCUGGCUGUUGUUGUGCCUUAAAACCGCACCACACCAAAAAUGCUUUCUCGCUUUAAGAAAAGCUCCUUCGAGCACAAUUGCUGCAGUUGAGGCCAACACAUACAGACAUGCUGCAGCGAAACAUUUAUUGCCAAAGUUAUGCACAUAACUAUUAAAAAGCGAGUAAUGCCGAAAGCAAGGCCAGCGUAUCUGCGAAACUGUUGAAUCAAAUGCUAAGCAAAAAAUGUAUGCAAUGUGCGAGUUUUGUGCGUGCAAAUUGACGAACUUGAAAAUCGGUUACUCAUACGCAGUGUUGGUUCGUAGCAUAUUUAAGUUUUCAACGUUGAAAAGUCCAAAAGUAUUCCAAAAUAUUUCGUCCCUAAUAUGCUUGAGCAAGUGAAUGGCUUGGCAUUUAGCUAAUUUGGUAAUAUUACUCAUACGCAGCGCGGACCGGGUGUUGCCGCUGGGAUACGUGACCUCGUGCUGUCUCAUGCUUUUAUGUACGUUUUGUUUGAAUUCGUACUUGUAGGUGGGUAAAUAAUAGCAGCCAACGGAAAACAGAAAGUAAUUAUACUCGAAAUUAUAAUGUUUAGUGUGGCAACUGUGAACUGUAGCACAUGCAACACCCACACCAUGUCGACACGUUGCCCAUAUGUCUCGAACGGCGAAAUGACCAACGCUGAGUGGCGAAAGUCACGCAAUACCAAAGUCACCGCCAUGGUGUGAAUGGGAAAACAAAGACCAGCCGACAAUAACGCCAGCAAGCGAAUCAAAAGCAACAACAAAUGCACACCAUUAUGCACCAUAAAAAAACAAAAAACAAAAAAAUAAAAAAACAUAAAACUACAAAGUAACGGUCAUAAAUGAAAAAUUAUUUCAAAAUUAAAAGAAAAAUCCACUACACUCAGCGCUUACUCACACAAGCCCGUUUUCGCACAAACACACACCCAUUCAUGCGUCUACACAUACGUACGUACAUUCAGGCAGGGCAGUUCGCUGGCUAACGUCCUCCUGUCAUUUGUCAGUAUACCCCCAGAAUGAAUAGCGAAAAUGUAUACAAACAUUUAGCAAAAACAAUAAGACAACAACAGCAGCAAAAAAUGCCAUAUGCACAAAAUAGCGUAUUUAGGGCCAAGAAAAAGUACAAGCGAUACAUACAAACGCGUGGCGAGGCAAUCAGACGAUGACACCACUGAGUCUGCACGCAACAAAAAACAGAAAAAACAACGAACAAGAGAGACAACAACAAAGCAAACACUAUAAAACAUUCAGCGACUCAACCACAACAAGUCUCCAGGAGUCUAAACGCAAUUAACGGCAGUUAAAAAUUAAAUUGUAAUUAAAUAGUUAAAAAGGGAAAGUUGGGAAAUUUAGAUUUCUGGAAAUCCAUAUCGCAUGUUUCUUAAGUAACUUUGCAAAUUCUUGAAUACAUAAAGCAAUAAAUAAAAGUAGAAAACAAAAACCACUCACACGCUGGCGUUUACACUGGGGAAUAUAACGCUAUUCGAACAUAUGACAUGAAAUGUGCCCACCCACACUUGGGUCAUCAUCAAUGGAAUUGCACACUCACCAACAUUCCUAAACACACGAGCAUUCGAAACGGAAAAAGGAGAAAGAAACACAAAGUCAUCAAAUUCACAGCGCACUCUGUGUGCUCUCAAUCGCCUGUGGCAGAGCGUGAGUGGGAAUUUUUCGAAAUUAGGUUUCGAAUGAAAAAAUCUGUAAUGCGAUUGUAUGUGUGACACAUUUUCGUUUGACACUCCCAAUUCCGCUCCCAUUUCUACAAUGUAAACUAACCUACAUCAAUGCUAGUGUGCGACCAGUGGGGUGGCGACGACACAGAGUUGGGCUUGUGGGUCCUCGGUUGCCAUAACUGUUUGCUAUAAUUACAGGAGACGCCAGUUGCGGCCAGAGAUUAGUUGAAAGCAAUUUUAUUUGUUAACGCUUUUAUCGAAUAACUUAUAUUAUUAUUUUAUUUAUUUAUUUUUUUUUUGUGCAAAUACAUCCUUUUAGUAUUCAGGCAUUAUCUUCUUAAUCAUAUCAAGCUGGCUCUCCUACUUUCACACCAGUCAAAUUGAAUGCCAUCUUAUGCUUAUAUAAUUUCUACAAAAUAAGACAUAUUUAAAUUUAUUUUAUGUAGAAAUUCCUUGUUUCCAAAAAUUUAGUUUCUCUUUAAAGUAAGGUCUAGUUUUUUUGUCAUAUUUUUCGGUUCACAGGAGUCGACUACAUACUCUAUUAAUACACUUCACAUAGAACUUGAUUCCGAUCGUUCGAUCUGAUCAAUUUCUUCAGAGAUUGCAACAUUGGUGUAGGAAAUAGUUCAUGGCAAUUAUCUUGAAGAUAUGUCGUCAAAUUAAAAAGUCUCAAAAAAAAAAAAACACUCCGAUCCUUCAAUUUGCCUGAUAGCUAUGCUGUAGUGGUUCCUAUAUCGAAAGUGCCAAUAAAUGGGUAGCCCUUGAGAAGAAAAAGAUAUGUAUAAAAUAUACAGACAAUCUGACAGACAGACGAAAAUGGUCAAAUAGACUCAACUCGUCACGUUGAUCAUUUAUAAUUACUUCAUAGGAGCUUCGACAGUCCCUUUUGAAUCUUACAAACAUCAUGGCAAUCUUAAUCUACCCUGUUCAGGGUGUAAAAAUUAGAAGGAAAGUUGACAUUUUUCAUGACUGAAUGGAAAGUCGUAUCAUGAAACAUGCAUACAAAUGAAUGCAGGGGAAAAUAGGAUGUCAGGCAUUGAGAUAUGUCCAUUGGUAUAAUGGCUUGUAGAACUAUAUCGACUAUGGCACCACCUUUCGGUGAAACGAAUAUGAACCCAAACAGACUGUGUCAAGAGUGGUCUGUUUUCCUCAUUUGCUUAUAAAGAAAAAUAUGAAUUAUGUUUCUUGAAGCAAUCUCAAAGGUUUUCAUCAAACCCGGUCAUGUUAAAGAAUCUAAAGAACGCACAUAAAAUUCCAAUUUAGGUGUUUUAAAAAUGUACAUUAUUUUCAACCCUUUAAUUUGGAUGGUUUAAUGUUCUCCGACAUUACCACACUAAAAUUGAGUAAAGAUCACGAAUUUAUAGUCAAAAGUCGAUUUUACGAGGAACAUAUUUUCCUCUGUCUUACGAAAGCAGUUUCGGUGUCGUGGAAGAAGACUUAAAGUUUGAUUGACAGAUAAGAGGAGAGGAGUGUUACCGGUGCGUCGUGAUGAGGUUUUCAAAAUACGAAAUAUCUGCGUAAUUUAAGAAAAAAAAAAUAUCGUUAUACGACAAAUAUUGUUUUGCUUGUGGCACACAACAACUAAACAAAUAAUGGAUGAAUAGUGAUUUUUGAUGAUUUAUAUUCGAAAUUGGUAGCGAAAAAGAUGUAAAUCAGUGUGUUAAUAUUUUCAAAUUUGAAAUGAAUAUAAUUUAAAUGUUUGAAGAAAUUUACAGUGGUGUGAUGUCAGCAACAACCAGUCAACAUGUAAAAUAAAUGAGAAUUAAAACACGAAUGUGAAAAUGAAAUGAAAGUUUACAAAAUUAUUUUCUACUCUUCAAACUAAUCUUUCUAAUAAAAGUCCACGAAACUAACAAAACAACGAAACUUUUGUCUCACACUGCUGCAACACGUCGAUCCUUCACGCAUAAAAGAGUGCAAGAGUAGAGAAAAGUGUAAUUUUUACUCAUCAUUUUGUGAAGAAAGUGAUAAGCAAUUGUGUUAUCUGAAAAGUGCAGUUUCCUACACACAUAAUUUCUUGAAUCAUUUCCAUUAACACGGUCGAAACGACGUGAGCUUUAAAUGUUUCUAUCAACGGUGAAAAACAACACCUUUGCACCAAAAAAUAAAGUGUCUUCGGUGUCAGCUGCCAGUCGUGUCUGCCACAAUCCCCCCAUUUUCCUCGUCAUCUGUGCAGCGUCGUUCACAGCGCCAUCGCCAUCACCAUCGCCACAUCCAUUGCUAGUGUCUGUGUUUUCAUUGUCUUCGUGGUCGUGGACGUCGCUGUUGUCGUCGCCUUUCAUUGUCAUUGUCAAUGAGCUACGCCAACUACUCGUAGACGAACAGCUGAUAGCAGCCACAAUCGCCAUAAGCGACGACACAACGCGCUGCAGAGUCGCAACACUCUCAGACCACCCAAACUGCAUAAGACGCUCCGCUCACCGUUUACCAACUCUCCUAUCCUUAACCGUAUGCAACGUUAGUGCUCUCACGCUGUUGUGUUUGUUGUUUGUUGCGAAAACACUGUGUUUUUAUCAAAUCGCCUUAACUAAUUUGUCUCCGUCUCUGAAACUUUCGCGAAGAGUGCGAGUGUGAGAGCGCGCUUAGCUGUUGAGCGGUCGCCAUUUACUGCGAGAGUUCAAGCUAAUGUCUCGAGUUCGUCGGUAGAGAAGCAACUCGGGAAGCAGUAGCACUCGAUGCGGGUGGCAUUGGUCACUAGGUCACUUAAAUACCAACAGGCGACAUAGCGCGUUUGAGUGACUGAGCGUGUGGAAUAUUGCACGCUUGUGAGCCAUUUUGCGAUUUCCCGUACUUUCCUUGCAAUGCCACAAAUGAAAAUGGUGAUAGUGAGUAAAACUACGUGCUAGUGUAACUAUUUCCUCAACAAAAACUACGUCUACUGCAAUUAUAAUGGACCUUAAUAGUGCCGUUAUCAAAACAGCAACAAAAGCUGAACUCGUACGCUGACUUGUUGUUGUUGGCGGCAGCUGAUUUAUUCUACACAUACUAUCCGCGCUCAUCGCUCUCAUUUACACUCUCGGUUUUCCAACUAUCGCGCAUGUACAAACAGCAGCAACAAUAUCAACAAAACCAUCAGCGACGCCGUCAAAAUAACAACUCUAACAAUUGAUUUGCAGCAACAGAAAAAGAGCAGGAUACAACAAUAAGUUGCUCGGCAGCAAAUUUAUAUUAUCGAACGACAUAAACAACAAUAGCACCAACUGUGGAACAAUACAACAGUUAUAAGACGACGCUCGCAGCCAAAGCAACAGUGGAAGCAACAAAUUCUGCCGCGAUUUCGUUUCCAUCCACAUCGACAGCAAUCAGCAAGAACACUGGCAACAUAUAUCUCAACGAAAGUAACGAUUGCGAACCGACCAGCGCAGCCGCUGCCCCAGCUGUCACAGCUGCGGCCGCUGCUGCUGCUGCUGCCGCCACAACGACUGCAACUACAUUCGCAAGUGCAACAACGACUGUUAGUGCAAGUGCAACUGCAACUGCUACUGCUUCUAAUAUUGCUGCAUCAGUUCCUGCUGCUGUUGGUGGCGUCAACACCGUCACUGUCACAGCCACCACUACUGCCGUCUCAGCUACUGCGACCACCUCCCGUUCCGCCCGCGCCAGCUACGCCAGCCGCGCCACCCACACAAACGCUAAAGCCAAAGCUACGAGCGACGCCGACAUCAAAUAUAUUACCGACAUCGACGACACGGACGACGCAGAAGUCGUAAGUUCGCUCAUUGCCACUCGUUGCUCGUGCAACGAGGUGAGCCACAGCGCGCACGCGAACACAAUAUACAUCGCGGAAGCGGAUACGGUCGCCGAGGCGAGAGGGCGGUCGACUGCGACAGCGACAGCGGCAGCGGUUGGUUACGGUUACGGCAGUAAUCGUCGCCCUGUGUGCACGGACAAUAAUAUGAGGAGUGGCAGUUCAGAAUUAUUACUCGAGCAGCAACAACAAGAGUUACGGUUACGUAAAAAACGAGAUCUGGCUCCAAAAAAGAAAAAUGGCAACCGGCGUUUUCGUUCGUGGCGCGAACGUGCACGCUUCUAUGGCACGUCUACGCUUGCCUUCUUCUCGGUGACGGCCGGCGCCUCGCUCCUAUUCCUGGUGCCGCUCUAUGUCGAUCCGGCGAUAUCGACACUAAGUCACGAUUUCAUCGAUAGUCCGACACUAUGCACAACCACACGUCGCGAAGACCUAAUCGGUAUAUUUAAUUGUUCGUGGAGUUCGUGUCGCGAGGGUUGCACUUCUGAUCUAUAUCGUUGUGUACAUAUUUAUGUGACGUUUAUCGAACAAAAUAUUACGAUACCCGAGAACAUGACCGAUUACACUAACUUCACCGCGGAGUGGGAACAGUCGGAGGAGGCCACACUGCUAGUGAAUAUAAAGGGGUGUGGCUAUCCGCCGACGGUUACAUGUAAAACGUUCAAUGCCUACUAUGGUGUCGAAGGUGCGAUAUUCCCCUGCUAUUAUUCGCGUAAAAAUAAAACGGUCGUGCUGACGUCGUACAAUCACGACAAUCAGGUAGCGACGAUCAUACACUUCUUUACGGUGCCAUUUGUGAUAACAGUGAUCUCGGCAAUCGCGCUCUGCGUUAUGCAUUGUGAUUGCAGGUGUAAAAAGGAUCACAGCCAUCGAAGGAAUCGGGGGCAAGGCCGCCGACCGCGUAUCGAAAACCUUAGUGAUACAUCGAUUUCAACGCGCGUGGACAUGCUGACGCCGGCCAUCGAGGUGUACAAACCACCGCUCUGACAUAAGGAUGACACGGUGGAGAGCAACUUGGGUUAUCCAUCGACGAGUAGCGAUUUCUAGCAUAGGCUUAUCACGACAGCGGAGAUCACCGCUACGUCAGCUACGGAUAAUCUAUUUGCGCUUCCAUCAUAGUGUCAAUCAAAGUCAACCAGUAACAAAAAAUACUAACAACAACAAUAAGCAUAUAAUCUAAUAGCAGAAAACCCCGAGAAUUCCAACAACAUUUAUACACAAACAAACAUGCAUACGAACAAUAACGGCAACAAAAACUGAAUCAAAACACAAAAUUAGAAAAAAUACAUGAGUGUGUAGGCAAUUUGGCUGUGUGCUUGUGAGCCGAGAGCGCAGCGAAUUCAUAGAAAAUAUGCGAUGGACGCAGUGGAUUUGGCGAAGCGGGCAAGCACAUUAUGUAGCUAUGACGGUCUGGCGGCUGGCUAAAGUGCCGGUGAAUGCAGCUCAACCAGCGGCAGCCAUUGACAUGCAUACACGCCCACAUAAACACAUACAUACAUAGCAACAUAUAAUGAUUGAUCCAACUGAAUAAUUCCUAAGAUUGAUUACAGUUAGUUACUUAAGUAGUGUUAAAGAGAAAAGAUUUUUAUGCGGAAAUUAGAGAAGCAAAAACAAUACCAAAACAAAACAAUUACGCAUGUAUGUAUAUAUGUAUGUUAAGAGUUAAUAUAUAAGUAGGUAUACACACACAUACACAUGCAUGUGAUAGGUAGCAUACAUGCAACAGGAGUGUGCUGAAAAAUAGCAGCGCUGAAAUUCAAAUACCUACAGACCUAAGAUGUUAUAAACAAAUUGUUAUUUUCAUACGGUAACUAUGGAAAUUAAGUUAAUUUAAAUAAGAAAACAAAAACAAUGUUUGAUAAAUACGAAUAGAGUUAUAUAAUUUAAUGUAGAUAUACAUAUGUAUAUGUAUGUAUGCAUGUACUCAUUGAAUAUGUAGGCAUGCAUAUGAAAUAUAUGUAUUUUAUGUGACAAAAAUUGCAUAAUUAGGAGAAUUAAGGUGAAGUUGAACUAGACCUAGAACAAAUUAAUUAUAACUAAACUUAGCUUAGUUACAAACAAUUGAGAAUUAAUUUUUGCAAGGACUAAUUUUUGUACUGCUGAAUAAAAGUACUUAGUGAAUAAAUUGAAUUAAGACGAAAUUAACUACUUAAGCAUAACGGUAUGCAGCUAAUUAACCACUCAACUAUGCAAGGUGCUGCACACACACACACACACAGUUACAACGGAAGGCAUAGCAAUGGUGUAGCU